AUGGACUAUGACUUCCGGGUGUCGGAGCAACCCUCUCUGACUGUGAGUCCCAGCAGCUCUCAGCUGUUUGAAGGAGAGUCUGUCUCUCUGAGCUGUGAGGAGGACGACAGCUCUGCUGGAUGGACGCUGAGGAGGAACACAACCAGAGAAACCAGGACUCAGUGUGACAACUGGGGAAGAUCAGCUGGUUCUUCCUGUAACAUCAGCUCCAUCGACCCAUUGGACAGUGGAGUUUACUGGUGUGAGUCCAGAGAGGGAGCAACCAGUACCACCAUCAACAUCACUGUCACUGGUGGACCAGUGAUCCUGCAGAGUCCUGUCCUCCCUGUGAUGGAGGGACAUGAUGUCACUCUGCACUGUAAAACAAAGACCCCUCCCUCCAACUUCCCAGCUGGUUUCUAUAAAGAUGGCUCCCUCAUCAGGACUGAGCCUACAGGUCACAUGACCAUCCACCAUGUUAACAAGUCGGAUGAAGGCCUCUACAAGUGUGACAUCAGCGGUCGUGGAGAGUCUCCAUCCAGCUGGAUCUCUGUCACAGGGAAACCCACCACUACACGUCCUCCUACGUCCACCUGUCUUUCUUCAUCACCAGCUCCUCCUCCUCCCUCUGUGAUGCUGUGGUCUGUUCCACUGUCCUGUGUUCUGCUGGUUCUACUGGUUCUACUGGUUCUACUGUUAAUAUGGUGUGUUUGGGGGAAACAUACAGCUGCUGAAGAAGAAGUUGUAGAAAAUGACAUCACAGAGGACAUCACAUACAGUGACAUCAGAAUAUCACAUCACCAACGGCAGCCAAUCAGACGAGGCAGAGAGAGUGAUCCAGCUGCAGUCUACUCAGCAGUGAGAGGAACAGAUGACGUCAUUUAUGGACAAAUAGCCAUCAAACCACAAAGGACGAGAGAGUUUCCAGCAGAGCCAGAGGUCGUCUACUCUUCACUGAGGUAGACCUUCACACCUUCACACCAGUCCAACCACUGAUGUCCAGCUGGCCUGGAACUGGUCCCCAGAGCCCCUCACACCUCAGCACAUCCACUUAUACAAUUCUUAUUUUUUAUAUGAUUUAGAUAAAUUAGACAAAGCAACACUUCCUCAUACAGAAAUAUAAACAAAGUGCCCCAGAACGACACACUGUAUAAGUUGGACAGUACAAUGACAUACAGGCGUACUGGGCCUUCAGUACUCUAUGUAAGUCAUCCACAAAACUUAUUUAAUUAAUAUUAAUUUAAUUAAAACAUGUCAAUUUUGACUUUCUUUCACUGGGACUCAAUUGUUGGGCUCCUGAGUGAAGGUCUUCAGUUUACUUCACUCAUCCAUCCACAGACUUUGUUUCUGGUAGCUUCACGUUGUUUUGUGGGUAAUAACUAAGUUUACUGUUAUUUUAUGAUUUAUUUAUG